AUGGUCUGGCUGCAGGGGUUGAGUGUGGCUCUUUUGGGCGCUGGAACCGUCAUGGCGAUCAGCCUAAAUGUUAAUGACCUUGACUCUCUCAAGAAUGCCGCUGCGACCAGCGCGUUCAAUAUGAUGAGCAACUACACGGGAAAUCAGACUGGCCAGAUCCCUGGCAAGCUACCAGGCACCUGGUGGGAAGGCGGAGCUAUGUUCAUGACCUUGAUCCAGUACUGGUACUUGACUGGCGAUGAUUCGUACAACGAUGCGGUGACGCAAGGGAUGUACUUCCAGCGCGGGAAUGACGACUAUUUCCCCUCCAACUACAGCCAGUACCUUGGCAACGACGAUCAGGUCUUCUGGGGGCUAGCAGCAAUGACAGCCGCGGAGCUGAACUACCCCGAACAAUCGGGGAUGCCCUCGUGGCUGUCGCUAGCCCAAGGUGUUUUCAACACCCAGGCCGCCCGCUGGGAUACGACUACCUGUAAUGGUGGCUUGCGGUGGCAGAUCUGGCCCUACCAGGAUGGAUACAGCACGAAAAAUGCCAUUUCGAAUGGUGGCUUCUUCCAGCUGGCUGCCCGACUUGCUCGGUACACCAAUAACGAGACCUAUACACAAUGGGCGGAGAAGGUCUGGGACUGGAGCGGAACCACCCCGCUCCUGAAGGAGAGUGAGUGGACUAUCGCGGAUACCACCAAUGUCAAUGCCCAGUGUCAGGAUCACGGAGACAUCCAAUGGACCUACAACUAUGGAACGUAUCUAAGCGGUGCCGCCUACAUGUACAAUCUGACCGACGGUGCCGAGAAGUGGAAGGAGGGAAUCGAUGGUCUGAUGAACACUACUUUAAGGGAAUUCUUCCCUUCAGAGUACGGUGGAAUGGUGAUGUCGGAGACCGCCUGCGAAGGGCUCAUGAACUGCGACCGAAACCAGGACUGUUUCAAGGGGUUCCUCUCCUCCUGGUUUGCAUUCAUGACGACUAUUGUGCCGUACACCUACUCCGAGAUCAUCCCCCGACUGCAGGGCAGCGCCGUCGCGGCCGCCAAGCAGUGCACCGGGGGUGCCAACCAGACCCUGUGCGGCCGACGCUGGUACCAGGAUACCUGGGACGGAACAACCUCGCUGGAGGAAGCGAUGAGCGCGACCAGCGUCUUUACUUCCAACCUCAUCAUUCACCAGAAAAACGCCGCUCCCUUCACCCACAGUACAGGCGGCACCAGCCAGAGUAAUCCCAGCGCGGGUACCAGCGACCCCAAAUCCUCCAGCUCCAUCGCAACAAGACCCAUCACGGCAGGCGACCGGGCUGGCGCGAGUAUUCUCACCAUCUCCUUCAUCGGCGCCUGGAUAGGGUUUGUGGGCUGGGCCAUUGCAGGCGGAUAG